ACAUUAAUGAAAACGAAAAUCAACCUAAGUUCCAACCUAAGACAAACGAACCUAUGUGGUGACUUUGUUCCUUGUUCCACCAAAAUAAAAAUCAACUCUUUUUCUUUUCACCACAUUCUUCUUCUUCUUCUUCUUCUAAUCAAACUCUUUCUCUGCAAUUUCCUCUCUAAUGGUUCUUCUAGAAGCUUCUAAGUUAACCCUUCCAAACCCAUCUUCUCUUUCUUCUUCACAUUCUUCAACAUCAUCUUCCAUUCUCUUUGAACCUUCUUCUCUCUCUCUUGCAAUCACUCACUCCAACUCUUCAAUCUCUCUCUACCCUUCUUUUUCACCUCUUUCCUCAAAUCUUCAAUUUCCACAAACCCUAAUUCCAAAACCCACUUCUUCUUCCACUUUUCUUAUUCUCCAAAAAUCCCCAAUUUCAACAAACCCUAAUUCUGAUAAUUCUGUUGUUUUCAUUGUUUGUGGACCCCAUAAAGCUGGUUCUCAAAUUCUUCUCCGAUUUUAUCAUCUUAAUGGAAAAAGCAAUGUUUUUUCUAGGGUUAAUCGUAUUUCAUGUGGUUCACGAAGUGGGUUUGUGAGAUUUGAACCUGAAUUAGGGGUUUUGAUGAAUGUGAAACAUGGGGUUUCUGUUAAGGUUGUUGGGUCGGUUAAUUAUUUCGCGGUUUAUUCGGUUUCGAGUUUGAAAGUUUGGGUUUUUGCUGUUAAGAUGACAGAGGGUGAUGAUGGUGGUAGUGGUGGUGGUUUGAGUUUGAUGAAGUGUGCUGUUAUUCGGUGUUCGAGACCGGUUUGGUCUUUGAGUAUUUCUUUUGGGUUUUUGAUUCUUGGAGAGGAGAAUGGGGUUAGGGUUUUUGGAUUGAGGAGGUUGGUGAAAGGAAAAAUGGUUGUUAGGAGAGUUGGGCAUUCGAAUUCAAAAUCGAGUUUGAAGCAAUUGUCUAAUGGUGAUCAUCAUGGGAGGUCUGGAGGUGAUCGUGGAUGCAAAAGCCGCGGUGGUAAUGGUGUUUUGGAUGCAACCUGCAAUGGUGGAUUGGAGGGGAAGAUUGAAAAACAUGGAGUUGCUGCGAAGCAGACAAAUGUUAAAUCUAAAAAUGACAACAAAGAUGGAGGUGCGUGUUUUUUGGCAUUGAAAGGGAAUGAGAUUGAAACAAAAUCCACGUCAAAGGUAUCCAGGUCUGUAAAGGCUAUUUCCAUUCAGGCGCUUUCCCAGAAGAUGUUCCUGAUCUUGGAUUCCCAUGGGGAUUUACAUUUGCUAUGCCUGCACAAUUCUGGCUUUGGAAUAGAUAUCACCGGCAAUGUGAGGCAACUGCCUCGUGUUAUGAAUGUUCAAUGUCUGGCUGUUCAUCCCGAUAUAUCUACAACAUCUCAGACUAUCUGGUUAUCAGAUGGAUGCCAUUCUGUGCACAUGUUGACUACAACGGACAUGGAAAACGGUUUAAAUGAAGCAGAUGGAAAUGACGGUGAUGAAAAGCUUAUGCGUUUCCCAGUUACUCAAGUUCUUUUCUCGAGUGAGAAGAUCCAAGAUAUCAUUCCUAUAUCUUCAAAUUCCAUUCUGAUUCAUGGACAAGGAAGCUUAUAUGCAUAUGCAAUUUCCUGAAGUUGCUUCAAUUUCUCAUCCUUUUCAUCUGGAUAUCGAUCAUCUUGGCUCCCUUGACGUUCUAAUCCAUACUUAUGUGGUUCCAGGAUACAUUCUAUCUUUCAUAGUCCUCUGGUUGCCUUACCAUACAGUGCUUCCUCAAGAUACCGGAGAUCUUGAAAGAUUACUAUCGGUUCAUGGAACUGGUUAAUUAUCCGUGCAGUCGAGUUCAAAAGCUCAAAGCCACCUAUCCUGCAAAACCCGUCACAGCAAACUGUAAGAUUACAUGAAUCCAUCAAGCUGUUCAUCCUCUUCUGGAGGUUGGCCGAGAAUCUUGUUUUUCUUGCCAAAGAACUGAGCAGGGUUGAUGAUAUGAAGGCAUGAUCUUGGCAAUUUUUGCUGCUCUGCUUGUUGGAAUAAUAUUUAUUUGAUUGCAAUUUUCUCAUUCAUUCUAGCUUGUUUGGUUCUAUUUUGAAAGAUGUUUUGUGGUGUUAGAGGUUUAUUUAUAGUUUUUUUUUUUUUUAAUAAAAAGGUUUAUUUUAUAGUUGAUGUAAUAAAUAAUCAAAUUAACAACCAAGAUAAUUUUAUUGUUUAUUCAAUUAUGAUGAAAUUAUGGUUAUUUUAAUGCCUAA